UGAGAAAUAUUCUUUUCUCAUUGUAUUUUUCUGUAAUUUCAGAUUCUUAGUGCAGGAUUGUCUGCAGUGUGUGCUGUGGCACCUGUGGUGAGCAGGUGCUGUGUUCAGCAGCGCUGCACAGGACCAAGUGGCUGCUUCGAUUGUGGUUGCUUGCAACCCCUCACACAGAAUCUUGAUGCUGUUUAGUGACGGCUCUGCACCAUUACAAGGGUUGUUAGGUCAUUCUAACAAGCAGACUGGCUUAGCCAGUAGCUUGCACAGGUGGGCAUUGCUGUACAAUGCUACCCAUGGUAACUGCAAACUGGUGGACCCAUACUGUACCAGUGCCAAGAUUACUGACCCACUCCAUUCACAGUACCAAACUGGGACUGUACUGUAUUGACCUGGUGCUACAGUCACCGAACUAGUUCCAAACAGAUCUGGUACCGAACAGACUGUACCAACCAGGGCUUACAUCCCUGGUCUGGUACCAAGCCAGUCUAAGACCAAAUUCAGGUCUUAAACAGCCCCGUUGCUGAGGCAGCACCUGUACAUUUCUUACUGCAGUUAAGCACUUCUGUUGACAGAGCUUCUACUACUGAUCGAGGGCCACUGCAAUCUUGCAAGUGCCCUGGCCUACAGAAGGUGAGACGAGCCUCUCCCAGUGUACCUGAACUUUUUUUCAGGUCCGGUUGUCUUGGGGUCACCUGGCUACAGCUGGUGUUUCCCGGUCUAUGGACACCUUUUAUAUAGGGUGCAUGAUGCGGAGAAACUGGGCCUUGCCCAAUUUCUGCCAGUAGAGGCUUUAGUUACCCUUCUGUGCAAGGGUGCCAUCUGCCCCAACUAACUUUACCAGGUCUCAGAGGUGUUCUUCAAGCGUGCUUAUUCAGCCAGUCCAUUUGCCACACAGCUGGGCGACUUUAGUAGUAUUGUGGUAGGCUACCAGUCAUAUUUGCUAAGGUCACUUUCUGACAGCCACAGGCCUUCACUAGAACUACUGAAUAAAUUGUGCCUGGUUAAUAAGAACCUGCCCUGUCUGCCAAAGCUGAAUGGACAGGCUGUAGGUUGAAACCUGACUGCUGGUAGCCACAUGCAGGCAGCUUUGACUUUCCCUGGCACACGUCCCUGACGGGGACAAAGCAGCUGCCUCAAAGACCGGUACAGUUGGCUACGCCUGAUGCCAGAGGUGUUGUUCAGAACUGGCCAUCGGGUGCUGCCACAAGGCUAUAAUAGGUUCCACUUACCAGCAAAAAUCGGACAGCAGCCCUAAGGGUUUGCUGCCACAGGUCCAGGGACCUUUUUCAGAGCUCCAUCUGGAGUAUUGGAAUCAGUGCACCACGGACAUCUGGGUGCUUACUACUGUUGAGACUGGCUGCUGUCUGCAGUUCAAGCAUGGUCCUCUUCCCUUUUGGGGCGUGACUGUAACAUCAGUCACAUACCCACAGGACACUAGUGAUGUCUCAGGAGGUAGCAACUCUGCUACAAAAAUUGACUAUUCGCAUGAUGGAGGAAGGGUUCCAGUCCAGGUGCCCAAGCAGGAUGGUGGUCUCGGAUGGAUCCUUGACUUCAGACGGGUCUACCUGUAUCUGACCCGAAGAAGUUUCAGAAUGUUGAAAAUGAACAGCUGUUGCAGUCAAUCAGGCCAGAUGACUAGUUCACCAUGGUGGACCUCAAAGAUGCCUAUUUCCACAUCUCCAGGAAGUACCUACGGUUUGCCUUUCAGGGUACAGCAUAGGAGUUCUUGGGUCUUGCCAUUUUGUCUCUAGCUCCCCGUGCCAUUUUGAAGUGCAUGGAAGCUAUCCUGGUCAUACAGACAACACAACAGGUGGUUAUCCUCGUUUGGAAGAGCAAAGAUAGAUCUCUUUGCCUCCCAGGAAUUGACCCACUGUCCUCUCUGGCUCUCCAUAAUAGGAGGCGGGGACCUGUUGGCAGUAGAUGCCUUUGCACACCAGUGGGUGAUGCUACUGUUAUAUGCCUUCCCAUCACUUGCCCUGCUCCUGCUGUCUGGAGACUAUCGGGCAGGACUGGGCCCAGGUGCACCUAAUAGCCUCCUUUUGGCCCAGGAAAACCCUGAUGCAGCUCCUGAGCAGCCAGCCUUGGAGGCUGCCCAAGCACCACAACCUGCUCAGUCAGGCAUGGAGAACCUUAUGGCAUACCGACCCAUUGAGCCUGUAGCUUUGGGUCUGGUCUCCUGAACAGCUGCAUUUGAGCCAUCUGGGUCUGUCAAGUAGGGUUAUUGACACCUUACAAAAUGCCAGUACAGGUACAAGUGCAGCAUCUUUCAGACAUGUCUGCCUCAUGGGUUCCACCGCACAACUUGUCACAUGACAAUAAUAUUGCAUUUGUUGCCGGACCUGUAUGUUGAGGGGGCUAUUUCGGCUUGCCAUGUCAAAAUUGACUUGCGCUCCCCAGGAGCCCAACUUCCUGGCUGGGCAAUUUGUGAAAGGAGUUCGGUGGCUUUGGCCACCUAUGAAGGAUGUUGUUCCUUGUUGGAGUUUAAACGUGGUGCUUAGUGCAUUCUUGAAGCCUCCAUUUGAAACCUUGCAUUCAGCUGAGCUGAAAUAUCUGUCAUUCUGCAAUAUUACCCUUAAGAUGGCUUUGGUAUAGUCACUCAUUAGGUAAUGUUUAUAUUUUAUACCUCGUUUUCUGAAAUAGAAAUGUAACCAUUAACCUUCAAGGUCCACGAUUGCAGCAGACUUGAAGAAAAAAUGACGCUGAGGUCUGUGUGGGGGCAGGCCAUUACUUAUUUAAAGUAGCUUUGGUAUAGAGUAUUCAGGUUUCAGGUCUUUAGGAGGUAAACACGCAUUCAGUAAUGGUUACAUUUCUAUUUCAGGGAAUCAUGAUAAUAUCCUAACGUUUUUCUUGUAAAUAGUGUAUUCGUGCAUGCUGGGUGGGAGAUCUUAGUUACAUGGAUCUGGUUAAAAUAAAGGAGAUUUCUGAUGAGGUAACCUGCAUGAAAUAUGCUGUUGCUCUCUUCUAGGAGAGACUGGGUUGUGAUUUGAUUUGGGAAUAGAGAUUUUACUCCAUCACCUCUAAUCCUCCUUUUUAUCCAGAGGAUUUGUCAGACAUUAAGUGAUAGCUUAAUGGAGAAAAUGCAUUUAAAAAAAAAAAAAAAAAAAAAAAAAUCCUAGUGGUAAGGGUAGAGAAACUAAACCCAGUCCUUCACACACCAUGCAGGGAGCUAACAGGCUGGCAGUCAAGCACAGCAGCAAGGUAAACAGCAUGUUUAGUUAUUUACUGAAUUUUUCUAAUUUCAAUAUGAUUUGUUAUUUACGUCCGUGUUUUUUUUUUUAAUGCAGGACACACAGUGUAUAUUUUGUUAAACUUUACAUUUUGUAAAAUGUUCUUUUAUAGUCCUGUUUUUUUAUAUAGAAUGUUUUAAUGUUCUUUUCAGAUGCUACAGGUGUAAUUUAUAGAGAAGCAUUGUGUUGUCCUGUUUAAUGGAAUUAGUACAAAAACACUUGAGCGAAGAUUUCUUAGUGUUAUUUGUUGUUAUUUUAGAUCUCUCCCACUUCUACUCAUCCCCAUUUAAUCCUGAAAUGCCACCAGCGAAUAGACACUGUGAUGUUUUUUCUAAUUUUAAAUGUUUCUUUUCUCCUGAUCCCCCAUGUCCUUGCUCCCUGGGCCUGUGCCCGUUCCUGCCCUGCUCGCUGCACCUGUACCCAGGAGCGGAGUUGCACUGUGCUGUGUGACCACUCCAGCCUUGCUGAUCUCCCUAAGGAGUUCCCCUGCGAGGCUGUGUCCAUCAACCUGGAGAAGAACAACAUCAAGUUUUUGUCUGAGAGGGCCUUCGGCACCCUGCCUUCCCUACACUACCUGUCACUAGACCACAACAACAUCUCCUUCAUCACGCCAGGGGCCUUCAAGGGUCUGCCCAACCUGGUGGAGCUCAAGAUGGCUCACAAUGAAUACAUCCGCUACCUGCACACCCGGACCUUCACCGCCCUCAAGCGUCUUGUCAAGCUGGACCUCUCCAACAGCAACCUCUUCAACAUGCCCGACCGCAUCUUCCUGGAGCAGGUUGCCCUCAGGGAGCUCCUCCUCUUUCAGAACAACUUCCGCCGGAUCCCAGGGGCAAUCCGAGGCAUGGAGAACCUGACACACGUCUACCUGGAGCGCAACAGGAUCGAGGCCGUGGCCUACAACUCCCUGCAAGGCCUGAGCAACCUCAAAUACGUGAACCUGCAGGAAAACCACAUCAACGUCAUCCACGACCAGGCUUUCCAGGACUGCCGGCGGAUCGAGUACUUCUACCUGAACGACAACCUGUUGAGUGACCUGCCCCGGCACUCAUUCAAAGGUCUGAGGCGUAUGAAGAUGCUCAACUUGGGCGGCAACCUCUUCACCAAUGUCUCCAAUACCUGGUUCAGUGACCUAACAGAGCUGGAGGUGCUCUACUUGGACAGGAACCAGCUCACCUUCAUUGAGGAGGGAGCCUUCGAGAACCUGAGCAGCCUUAUUUCCCUCCACCUCAACAGUAACAACCUCACCUCCCUACCCCUUUUUGUCUUCCAGCCAAUCUACUUCCUGGGUCGGCUCUACCUCUUUCGUAAUCCCUGGGAGUGUGACUGCACCAUGGAAUGGCUUAAGGAGUGGAUGGAGAACUACAAGCUGGUCAGAGACAUCCCCUGCACCUCUCCCCCCUCGGUAGCUGGGCUGGACCUCAGUGUGGUGGUCUUCACCAAAUCCAUGGAUGGUUUUUGCCUGGACCCAGUGGAGCUCAAUGUGAACUCUGUCGCACCGACGCCCACCGAGGGCCUGCGCUACGCCACAGGGAACAAGUUCAGCAACCUCAUCUCCAAGCUCUUGCAACAAGAACUCGGAGAGCCUGGCAACUCCUCCGAGACUUUCAGGAAUGCGUCACUGCUGGAUGGAAUAGAUAAUAAAGUGUCUGCUGGAGUCUUGCACUCCAAGAUGAAUGUGCUGCUGCAGGCUAUCCUGCCUUGUUUAGUGCUCGGUCUCCUCAAUCAGUGAUGUUAUGGUUGCUUUCCUGAUUGAUAAUCAGGAUGUUUCCUUAUAUGUUGAACUGUGACAUCUUACAAAAACCCCACAGUUCAUUGCUGGAGAUCUGGCAGCACAAUGGGAAGGUGACUCUGUUUAGAUCUGGCUGUUUUCUAAUGUAUCAUGCACACCUUCCCUGCUUGCGGACGGUAUGUUACUAAUAAAGCACACUGAUCCUUUUGAAAACCAUUGUAACUUCAUGCAUCAAUCUGUGUAAGACUCAGGGUUAGAUGCAGAAGGCCUUGCACAUUGAGGUAGCUUAUCUGCAGGUGUUGGGUACUGGAAAGGAGACUACACAAACUGGUUUGUUCUGAAGCCUGGAAGCUUACAAUCAUGUUAGUUUAAGAAUUAAUUUGACUGAACUGGAUUUGGAUACACUAUUUCAUCAAGCAAGGGAUCCCCAGAAAAUAUAAGAAAUUAAGUGUUUUAAUUGAUAAACACUUAAAAAUGUGACUUUAAAUAAGACCUAUUCUGACUUAGACUAUAGAAUUGAAUGUGCUUUGCAUGAGGUGUAAUAUAUAAUAAACAUUUUAAAUAACGCUAGACACAAUCUCAUGUUAGUUCUAAAUAGGAAAGUGCCGUUCCUGUAUGUGAUUAGUGUAGCAUUCUGGCAUAUUCAGGCAGGCAACCUUUAUUUUUAAGUAUCGCAAAAACUUCUGCUUUAGCAGGUUCCUUCAGCUACCUUACAGAUGGUAUGUCCAGUUUUGUUCAAUUCAAUGGCUUUGGAUUUCCAAGCAAUUCACAAAUGCAAUAAUCUUCUUAAUGUAAGGCUGAUCUGCACUAAAAGCCCUUCCCUCACUUAACCAAAUGGAGUAGAUUUAGCAUUGUGUUUCUUUCAGUUAUGGAAAUAGCUAUGGCUGAUAUGCACUGGGAAUUACAGGGACAAUUUUGGUUCAUUGUGUAUCUCUUUUUUUUUUAAGGCUGGAUGCAUGUAAAGGGAAAGCUUGCAUGUAAGAUUUUAAACUUAUUUCUUUCAUGCCUGUUUUUAUCUAAGUAAAUUUAAAUUAAUGUUGCACUUUUAUAUGGCGAACAGAUCUGGCCAUUUUGUUUGGUUUGCACAAUCAUCAGAUGUUUACCAAGUUUUGUAUACUUUAUAGACACAUUGUUUUUGUAGGUGCCAUAUAUGUUGUUUAAUGUUAUUCACUCGAAUAAAUGGAGAAAUAAGCCAAUUACAGAUUUUUUUGUUAACCUUUUUUGGUUGUAUUUUAUGAAAAACACAUGCACACAUUAGGGAAAGACCGGCUCGGCUCAGUUCACACUGCUUCAACAUGUUAGUCUGUGUUAAUGGAUUAAAACUCAAUAUGUAACAAACAUGAUUAUAUCCUUGCAGACUGUCCUUCCAGUAAGGAUUUAAAAAUUACAUAUUUGAAAACAUUUUUGUGCCAUUUUCAUAAAGCUAACACUGUGUUUCCAUAUAUUUAUUUGCAGAAGUCAAUAGACCCACAGGUGUUUGAGUUGGAAAAAUUCCAUCUCAGAAACAUUCAGAGCAAUUACAAAUAAAACAUUAAAAUAGCAACUCAUUGUAAGGAAUGUGUUGUUACUGUGGUUAAUUGCUGUUCUGAUGCCUGUUGAAGUGCUGAGGCUCCUCCACAGCCUGCUCUGUUCUUUGCCAGACUGAACCUUCCUCUGAGCUUCUUGACUUCUCCACAGCCAACCCCAUCUACAAACCUGUUACAUCACCAGUUGUGGAAAGUUGUCUGAAUAAAAACUUACAAUACAAAAGUCAUGCGUGUGGGCAGUUUCAUUUAGACUAGGAAUUUGUUGUAAAUUGAGGAGUGACCCUGCACUCCCUCCACAACAACUGAAAUACCUUGCAGACUUGUCAUGUCCCUACCGCAGAGUUCCUCAAAGUUUUGCCCUCAAGGCAAGAUGACACAAACUGGAACAGUGCAACGGUAGAGUGAUUGUGCUGCAGCAGCAGGGGAGGUGUUACAUUCUACUACUCUGUUCUCUAAAUGUGUGCUCUGGUUCUGUGUUUUAAUGAUAUUUAUUUGACACUUUGAAUUAGGGGUUAGUUAAACGUAAAAGUACUCCUUUUGUAGCUUGCAUCUCUUGGUCACCUCUUCAUUUGCCAAAAAUAAAUAAAUCAAAGAGAUGUGCAAUGAACACGCUGCAGCUACCCAGACAAGUCAAGAACACUGCCGGAAUGAAGGAGUGCAAUGGAACAGAACAGGUUUUCUAUUUAGGUAAAAGGUCAAUACAUAUAGUUCACCCGAGAGGAAUUAUGUAAUAACCAAAUUAAUGAUGCUGAGCUGCAACAUACAAGCAGCAGGCCCCAAUAGUAGAGUUGGGAUGGUGUUGCAUCCCAUACAAAUUAGAAUAUUUUUUUUGUACAUAUUUAUGAAGGUACUGCCACCCUAUUGUUAUAGAUUUUCAAUCCAUCGUUUUGUAGUCUGACUGCACUGCUAAAGUACUACUUUAAAUGACAGUACAUGUUCUCGUUACCAUUAAUCCAAAAUAAUAAUUUAAAAAUAUAACAUUAUUGGGUGGAGAUGUAGUGGCAGGGUCCUGCAUUCAGGUUUAACUUUACAUGUAAUGCAGUGUAAAACAGAAAUCCUUUGUGCCUGUGUAACACCAUGCUGCAUGUUUAUGAGAAAGUAAAAACUGGGCCGCUGUGAAUGUAAAGAGCAAGUGUGACACCUCAAGGUGUGGCCAAAGACGCAAACAGUGCGUCACUCAAGCAGACUAGAGGUACGCCUUGCUUCUCCUGAAACACACAAGGGAAUGUCAACAAGCGUUUCCAGUAAAUAAUUGAAUAGCAACAGCUAUCAGAUGGCUUGGUUAAUUAUAGAGCCUGUUCCUGUUGUGGUUUUGAGUCUGCAGGUUUUAAUGAGCAUGUUCACCAUUCAGCAUAUGCAUAUUAUAUAUAUAUAUAUAUACACACACAGUACAUAUAGUUUAUAAAAUAUCUGAAAUAAGGGACAGUAAAGUUUAACCAGUUUUUUGUUUGUCUGUAGUUAUUUGUGGGUAAUAAGCACACCUAUUAAUGUUACUGGUAACAUUCUUGCCUGACCAUGUACAAUAACUGAACAGAAGAUACUGUGGUCAACAUUGCUAUCCGUCUCGUGUCCUGGCAGUGCACUGUAAUGUCCGUUUUGAGAAGUGCAUGCAAUUGUUUUUAUAAUGUCUCCCCAGAGAAUAAAUGGAAUUCUGCUUGGUGUGUUUUCCUGCAUAAUGAUUAUGGGAUAUUUUCCCCUUUCUUUACCUCUGGAAUUGUCUAUUUCUGCAUGUCCCCUGGAAUGGUAUUUUAUCCAGUACAGCACACUGAUCCAACUAAGGUAACGAAUGUAGGUGGUGAGGAAGCAUUGCAGAUCAACGCCACUGUAACUAACCCUAGAAAUACAUUGCAGUCAGCCCUUUGAGAGCUAAAUAACUGUGUGCCCACUGCAUCUUACUGCUGCCCCUCAAGUGACCGGUGACUUUGAAGGUUUAUGGGCACUCUGUACAGUUAAUGGGGAUGUGCUAUGAGAGUUUACAGCAAACAAGCUGUUCAAUUUGAGAAUGCACUAUGUUUGUAAGUGACUGUUUAAUGGGUUAGAUAACACAAGCAGAACACCUUGGUGUAUAUAUACUGUUUAGUUUAAUUCUCUAUGAUU